AUGUCCAGUUGCGGUAAAACUAGAGGCAAAAGGCUCGCCAAGGCCAAGACUUGGUCCUCCAGAUCCAGACUCCAAUUCCCCGCCGGUCGUAUCCAUCAGCUGCUGCUCAAGGGUCACCAUGCCGGGCAGGUCAGGGCUGGAGCCCCCACCUACCUGGCCACCUUCCUUGAGUACUUGACGGCCGAGAUCCUCUGGCUGGCCAGCAACACGGCCCAGGACGACAAGACAACCUGCAUUACCCCCCGCCACCUGCAGCUCGCCAUCCGCUACAUCGAGGAACUCAACAAGCUGCUGGGAGGCAUCACCAUAGCCCAGGAGUAG